AUGCUGCUAUCCUUCCUCGCCCUUGCCCCUACGGUUGCUGCAGCCAAACUCCCCGCAGCCAUCGAUCCGUGGUAUCCAGCGCCUCAACCGAAACAGCCAAACACCGACGACUUUACGUUGAGACAUAUCUUCCAUCGAGGCAUAUAUCAAGACCCAGACCUGCACAAGCGCUACGACUUCCACCCUCAAGCUCCCGUCUUCGUCACCCAGGACCACGAUGAUAGCCUCUCCCACUCUCUGGAGCCGCCACCUCACUUUAUGCUUCGUUCACACUCGGAACAGAUCGAAAGGCUAGUCGACCGAAAACCUGCGAGUGUAGAACAGUACCUGCAGCAUGCUCGACGGACUGGGAAGCCUGCCGUCCUCGCCGUCUCACAAUGGACGCUAGAUGAAGUGAAGGGGCCCAACAUCUCUGACAAGGAUACAAUUAUAAAUCUGGCCAUCAUGGCUGCUAACGCAUACAAUCCAGGGCCAGGGGAGGGGGACUGGGAAGAUGCCAAACAAGGGUACAAUCGGUCUACCCCUUUUGGUUGGGAAGGCGACGGCCUACGAGGCCACAUCUUCGCAAACGAAGGCAACGAAACAGUGGUUAUCAGUCUGAAGGGAACGUCCCCUGCAGUGUUCGACGGCGAUGGGACAACCACGAAGGACAAAAUGAACGAUAAUCUUUUCUUCUCCUGCUGUUGCGGCCAAGGCGGCUCCUACUUCUGGCACCAAGUCUGUGACUGCCAGACCAGCACAUACACCUGCAACCGGACCUGCGUGGUGCAAGCCCUGAGGCAGGAGAACCGCUAUUACCGUGCAGCAAUCGAUUUAUACACCAACGUCACAGAACUCUACCCAAAUUCCAAUGUCUGGCUAGCAGGUCAUUCCCUUGGUGGCGCCGUCACGGCCCUACUAGGCCAAACAUUCGGCCUUCCGACAGUAACAUUCGAGGCUCCUGGCGACGACCUCGCUUCAAAACGCCUAGGGUUACCCGCACCUCCGUCAUCCGAUCCUCACAAGCCGCGCACGAAGUACACUGGCGCAUACCACUUUGGCAACACCGCUGACCCUGUUUUCAUGGGCACAUGCAAUGGCGCCACCGCAACCUGUACCUUAGGUGGCUACGCCAUGGAAUCAGCUUGCCAUACAGGGAAGCAAUGCGUGUACGACACUGUGAACGACUACGGUUGGCGGGUGGGCAUCGGCAAUCACAAGAUCCAUAAUGUCAUUGACAACGUUAUCAAGAUGUACAAGAAUGUGCCAUCCUGUGAACCGGACGAUGAGUGCCGAUUCAACCACGAGCACGAGAACAACGACGACCAGUUCGAGUACCUACACACGGACGAGUACAUGCAAGACGCCUGGAUGGUGGGGAUGCCUCGACGACAACCCCACAACGAGCAGUUCAAUCCCUGUGAUCACCACCACAUAUACGACCACGAGUUGCGCCACGCCAGGCUGGUUUGGGUGCAAAGAACGAGUCAACGUGACGGUUACUACGACUACAUUUGCGCCGACAUCAACUCCGCCUACGACUUCGGUCCCUGCUUCUCUUACACAUACACACUCGACAUCCGGCUCGAGUCCAAGGAGCUGUGGUCAUCCAGGCUGGUGGGGAUGCCGAGAUCCUACUUCUACAUAUACAACGACGCAUACAGCAUCUCCAAGCCCAACGUCCUCCAGUCACAGUUCAACGAGAACGGCAGCGCCGCAUAA